CUCGUGGCCAGUGUGGCAAAUGGCGUUAAUUCGCGUGAACCGCAUUCGUGCCGCAGUAGAAAAUAACUUUAGAAUUUACGUCAAAACAUUCUGUCGCACUGGCAUUUCAAUUCUAAUUAAUUUCUAACUUUUUCUUCUAUCGAACACAUUCAACAGUACCAUUGCCCUUUUACUUAAUAUCCCGUCGAACAUAAUUUCUCUAUUGGAAGAAUAACCUUAUAGCAAGGUACAAGGAUUAAAAAUGGCAAAAACUAUAGAGUAUUUGAAGGAUCCACACUUGGUUGCAAGAAUUCAAGAAUUCUUUGGCAUUAAAAUAUGCUAUGACAAAGAUACUGGUCAAUAUGAAACUAGUGAGAAGAGUGACCAGGAUGAAUCUUACAGUGAAGAGUCAAGGAGUAAUGAACACAGCGAGAGUGAUUCAAAGGGUAAAGAGAAUGGAUAUGGUGUGAAUCGUUCAGACUCAAAUGGUUAUGUCAGUAGAAGAAAAAAUGAAAGUACCUUGAGUGACGAGGAAACUGUGUCAGGUUCUGAUUCUGAAAAGCUAUGUUACGUAAUCACAAAUUACUUUUGGUAUUAUUUAUUUCUCUUUGGUACUGAACUGGGCGAUGAAAUCUUUUACUCUGCAUUCAUACCAUUUUGGUUUUGGAAUAUCGAUGGUGCAGUGGGACGAAGAGUUGUUCUAGUCUGGGCUGUCAUUAUGACAAUUGGCCAAGCACUUAAAGACAUCCUUUGUUGGCCAAGACCUGCAUGCCCACCCGCAAUCCGUUUGCAAAAUAAAUGGUCUCAGGAAUAUGGAAUGCCAUCGACACAUGCCAUGAUCGGUGUAUCAAUCCCAUUCAGUGUAGUGUUGUUUACCAUGAAUAGAUAUAUCUACUCGUUUCCCACAGGCUGUGCUGUCGCAUUUUUAUGGUGUACAUUAGUUUGCACCAGCAGACUUUAUUUAGGUAUGCAUACGGUGUUGGACGUAAUCGUUGGACUGGCACUAGCCAUUUUAUUGAUGCUACCGCUAGUACCUUUGGUAGACUUCAUGGACUUCUACUUUCUCACCAAUGAUUGGGCACUGGUUGCCUUAAUCGCGAUAACAAUUGCUACUAUUGUUUACUAUCCCUGCAGUGAUAGGUGGACGCCGACCAGAGGAGACACAACUAUGGUCGUAUCCGUAACUGCUGGAGUUCAUUUCGGUGCCUGGCUUAACUACAGAACUGGAGCUUUAUCAGCGCCUCCUUUACCACCACCCUAUAAUGUAAUAUGGCCCUCAUAUCCCAUGCUAGGUCGCACAGUUUUAAGAACAAUACUCGGAUUUUGCUGCGUUAUUGCAACCAAAGCUGUAUGCAAAUCUUUGAGUUAUGCAACGAUGUGUGCCAUACUCAAAGUCAACUCUAAGGAACUGAUGAAUAGUGAUAAUUGCUUGGAGAAUAGAAAUAAGGUUCUUGUCGAUUUAGUUUACAAGUAUAUCACUUGCUUCAUGAUUGGCUUGAACACCGUGUACCUGUUACCCAAUGUUUUCACGAUGAUCGGCAUCGAAAGACCCACCUUUUACACGGAGAUGUAAAUAGUGUCGAAUUCGUUAGUCUGUUGCAUUUGGACAAGAAUACGGCUUAAUAGAUUACGUAUAGAGCAAUACAUAUAAAUAGGUAUGAAAUAAUUUAUACACUUUUAUACGUUUCCAGUUAAUUAAUUGCGUUUAUGACCAGUGAUGAUUUAUUGUGUUCGGUAUUAGUCAAGCAGAUAUUAAGACGUUUUCAAUUAUGGUUGCACACAUCAUUCCAUUAGGACUUUUAGAGAUUCUGUAAUAUAUAUUUUCAAUUUGCCUCAGUUAUUGUGAUCAUAUCAUAUUGUAAUCAAAAGAAUCGCUAUUGAUUCCAACUAAUCUAGUAAUAUUAAUAUGAUACUGUUGGGAGAUGGCGACAUGUUGGUAAAUGAUAAGAUAAUAGAGAUUUAAUAAUUUUUAUUAAAUAUUAAAUUUAUGGUACAAUUACAACUUACUCAUGAGCAACCGGCAUGUUCAAUUGCAAAAUCUGAAAAUGAAAUAUGAUGUUAAUGUCUAAUAGCUUUUAAUAUAAUUAAAUAAUUACGAUUGAAAACCUUA